AUGAGUCUGUGGACCAACGGCUCCUCCGUGGAUCUGAUCCCCGGGACAAAGACCCCUCCGCCGGACUCCAACUCCUCCAACCGCUCCGUCGGGCCCCCCGGAGCCGCCCCGCUGGACCUGAGCCGGGCUGUGCCGGUGGGCAUGGUGCUGGCAUCCUUCAUCAUGUUCGCCAUCGUCGGGAACAUCCUCGUCAUCCUGUCCGUGGUCUGCAACCGACACCUGCGGAUCCCCACCAACUACUUCAUCAUCAACCUGGCCAUCGCCGACCUGCUGCUGGGCACCACCGUGCUGCCUGUGUCCGCCACCCUGGAGGUUUUGGACUAUUGGGUGUUUGGUCGGAUCUUCUGCGAUAUCUGGGCGGCGGUGGACGUCCUGUGCUGCACAGCGUCCAUCAUGUCCCUCUGCGUCAUUUCCAUUGACCGCUACAUCGGCGUUCGCUACCCACUGCAGUACCCGACUAUCGUCACAGAGCGGCGGGCGCUACUCGCCAUGCUGGGCGUCUGGAUCCUUGCCAUCAUCAUCUCCAUUGGCCCGCUCCUCGGCUGGAAGCAGCCACCGUCACAGGACGACACCGUGUGUCUCAUCACCGAGGAGCCGUUCUACGCCCUCUUCUCAUCCCUCGGCUCCUUCUACAUCCCGCUCGCCGUCAUCCUCGCCAUGUACUGCCGCGUCUACAUCGUUGCCAAGCGCACCACCAAGAACCUGGAGGCCGGCAUGAUGAAGGAGCGUGCGGAGGACUCCAGCGAGCUCACGCUGAGGAUCCACUGCAGGAACCAGCAGAUCCAGGAGCUGUGCCCCGCCUCCAAGGCCAGUGGGGGCGGGGCCUCGACCGGACGCAGCUCACUCACCGUCAAACUGCUUAAGUUCUCCCGAGAGAAGAAAGCAGCCAAGACGCUGGGUGUGGUGGUGGGCAUGUUCAUCCUGUGCUGGCUGCCCUUCUUCCUCGCUCUGCCUAUCGGCUCGUUCAACAGCAGCCUGCGUCCUCCUGAAACCUUCUUCAAAGUCAUCUUCUGGUUGGGAUACUUCAACAGCUGCUUGAACCCAAUCAUCUACCCGUGCUACAGCCGCGAGUUUAAACAGGCCUUCAUCCGAAUCCUACGCUGCCGCUGGAAGAGGAAGCGUCAGGGUUGGCAGGUGUACUACAACUACCGCGGCCAUCAGGGCUCCAACAACUCGUCCUUCAUGAACGGCAGCCAGCAGACGUUGUCCUCCGUCAGCCCAAGUCCGCUCUGCGUCACCUCCAGGCUCCACCCACUGCCAUGGCCGUCUUCCUCCUCCUCAGACAGAGACCUCCUCCCUGGAUCGGUGGCGGAGCGAGGACAGCUGAGCCCGCGGCCUACACUCGCUAAAAAAGCCGGGACGGGGCGGAGCGUGGGAACGGGACGAGGGACAUCAAUGAGCGGGGAUGCUGCUGUCUGAGCCGCACAGGAAUCUGGAACGCUAGCUGCAGCCUCAGAUGGCCACGCCCCUCCCUGCUGUUAACAGGAAGUGGCUUUAAAAACACUGAAUGCACAAAACGCUCUUUCCGUCCAGGUGUGACGACCGGACCUGAAAAUGGGGUGGAGCUCCUCACCUGCUACAAACACGAUGUUGCGACAUGCGUGGGGUUUCCGCCAGUUCACGGCUGUCCACGACACUAAGACUUCAGCACGAAACCUUUAAUGUGAAAAUCCAAGUAUCCUGCUUCUUUUUCAUAUCAAAACAUUACGAAAAGAAAUCCAAAUUUCUCCUAAAACAAAAACAAAAACUUUGUUUUAAUGGAAAAAAUGAAAAAAGAAACAGCACAGAUGUUAAAAAAGUAAACAUUUUAUUUAUUCACUUAUCGACGAGGUAUUUAUUUUAUUCAAAUAAAUCAAAGUUAAAAACAUUUAAUGCUUAUCUGUAACCCUACUACUUCUUCUUCCUGCUCACAGACCAGCUUAAACGUUCGUUACGCCCCCUGCUGGACUGGACUGAGAAUCAAAAGUUUUUCAGGAAAAUUACAAAAUAAAAUACAAACAUGAAUAUUUUGGUUUCUUAAGGAAAUUCUAAAAUUUCUUAAGAAAAUCCUCUUAAAGCUCUUAACGUAAUUUUGUUCCACAAUUUAUCUUUUGUUUGUUUUUAUUUCUUUGUCAAGGCGUCGUUUAAAAACUUUUAUUCUGAAGGUCUCUUAACUCAAAGUCUCCGUGUUGGUCAUAAAGGGCUUUUAUUGUGAAGGUCUGACAUCACUGAUUAGUUAAAGACUUUUAUUGUUUAAAGCUGCGCCUGGUGGUCGUCUGAGGAACUGCAGCGAAAAAUACUGAAAUAUUUAUUUUAGAACAAAAAAUGUAAAAAGAAAAAAAUCCAAACUUCUUAAUUAAAAACAACUUGAUUUUUAAUCAAAACGUUGUAUCUACAAUCUUAACACGUUUAUUUAUGAUUAUUUGUACUUUAUUUAUAUUUCCAUACUUCUGUUGUUGUAAUAAGUGACCUCACUGUAAAUUAAACUCAUUCAUCUAAUAAAAUAAACACUUUUAUGGCUUAAUUAUUAUUGAUUAUCAUGUGUUUAUUUAACUGCUGAUUGAUUAUUUUUGAUGUUUGAUGUUUAUUUGAAAUGGUUUUACAUCAAAACAUUUUAUAUGUAAUUUUGUAUACUUUAAAUAAAGUGUUAAAAAAACAAAACAAAACGUGGUUCGGGCCAUUUCAUAAAAUGCAUACGCAAUCUGUGUCUGUACACCUCGGCCAAUAACGUGCGGGGAACAGCACAGUGAUAUUUGCAUGAGGUGUCGAAAAGCCUGCCUGAAGGAAAGCCGAUGCUGAUUGGUUAGACCACAACGAACGAACGUGACUUUUCCAGGAAGCUCCGGAAAAAGAACAGCAUCGAUGAAAGGAUAAAAAAUGAGCCUGAAAUGGAGAAAAGAGGCGUUUAUACUCCUGAUGAAACCACAGCGAACUGAAACGGCCAAACACGUUACUGCGCAUGCUCUGUCGGACUUGGAAAGGUCCAGCCAAUCGCACGUGAGAGUCAGCGGAGUGAUAUUAGCAUGCAGCAGGAUGACGACAGUAACGCUUCAAAGUAAAAGAAGAGAAAAGAGCUCAGAUAUGAAGGUUAUUUUACUGUUUUAUUAAAAUAAAAAUUCACUGAUAAACUGACAAAUUUGACACUUCUGUUAUUUUAAAGGAGGAAAUGCUGCUAGGAUAAAAUCAACAUUGAUGAUCGUUGUGGAAUAUUUAGGCUCACAAACAACUUUAUAAUUCCAAAUUAACUAUAUUUGUGCAUUUUUGUGAUUUGUGCUUUAACAUGAUCUUCUUACUGUUCAUGACUGAUGGGAGAAAAAACAAACCACCCCGGGUUUCUCCUCAGCGCUGUGGCCAGGCUCACAGACUCAGAGUACUGCUGUAACGACUCUUCACUACCCUCCAACAGCACAGUGAGCUGUUUGCUGUGUCCUGUGGGCUUUGUCCGUUUACACCCUGCUGUUUGCCUUUUGUGGGGUUUUUGUUAUUAUAUAUUUUUGUGUUUUUAUGUGCGAUUGAUUUUCUCUGUUUGGAUGAACAUGGUAAAGUACCUUAGGCUGUAAAUACUGAUGUGUUUGACGUGGUUCGCAUUAAAAUUGUCAUCCAUAUAAAAAUAAAAUACUUUAUUUUUAAAUAAAAUACUUUAUUUUUAUUUUGAAAAUCAACCAACGCAAAAACCAAAGAAACCGCAGUGCUGCUCGUUCCUGAUUGGACGAUUAGACUUACUCUCAGCCUGACCAAUGAACGAGCAGCAGGUGAUUAUAUAAAGGCGUAGGCUGUGUCCGAAUUCAGAGGAAGGAUGCUUCAAUGCCAUAUUUGGAGGCAAUGACAUCACGGCGACGCGACAAAGGCUGUCCGAAUUCAAAGAGUACUCAAAAUGUGGCGACAAAUGCGUCCUACUUUGCCCU